ACUACAUUAUGCUUCUGUUUAGGGUUCAGGUAUUCUUUUGGGCUUCCUGGUUUUGAGAGAUUGACUGCAAACUGUGGUGCUAACUCAACAAGGAGACAGGCACCAAGCUGUCCAAGGGCUCAAAAUCUGGUCUGUUGACACUUGACAGAAGUUCUAGCAAGGAGAUGAGCGCCGUAGGUACUCCCUUCGUCACUAAAUAAGUGUUGCUCGGGACAGAGGGAAUAUUCCUUAGACUCGAGCCUGCCUAGCUAUUUCAAAUAGAAAACAGCAGGUUAUUAUAAUAAUUAGUAUGCUGUCACCUUUUUUUCCUUCUAUAGCUACAAGUACAAGGCGCAUCCUACAUUUCUCCUCAAGAACUGAACGUUUUCGACUGAAAAAAAUUGUCUGCCAUUCACAUUUUGACAAGUGCUUGAAUAGCCAUAUCAAGUCAUGUUUCUUUUCGAACGAUUUUUUUUUAAAAAAAAGUUGAACGAAAACAAGUCAUGUUUUUUUUCAGUCUAGAAUGUGUAUUAGAAUGGUUAUUUGAUUAUGUGAUCAUCAUGUUGACACCUACCCUGGAGAACAAUUGGGGCGGAUCCAGUAGGGGCGCUGAGGGGGCUUCAGCCCCCCUACUGGCUACAACAUUCAUUAGAAGCAAGGGGAAGCUAGGGAAAGAGAAGAGAGGAGAAAAACAAUAGAGAGAGGAGGGAAGAAGACGUCAGCCCCCCUACAUCUCUUGGGCAGAUCCGCCAAGAACAAACAACUAAGGAUGACACCAAGGUCUUCAUCGGCCGGCCUUGACUCAUUUGAUGUCUGCCCACUUGUGUCAUAUAUAUAGAUUUCAUCCUGGUUUGCCUCAUGGUUGCGAUGAUCACGAUUUUCAAUCCUGUUUUAGCCAACUGUAAUUUUAAAUUACCACAGAGAGAAGAGUCUCAGUACAAGUCGAGAUGAAAAAUAAGAGGUCGAUUGGAACCGAGAAUAUCUCAGUGGCCCACAUUUGUUCUAUGAAAAUGACACAGUGCCACAUCAUAUCCUCUGAAGUUGGUAGAGAACUGUACAAAAAUGAUACAUCUUCUGCUAGAUGAAUGCCCAAUCGAGGCUCCAAGGUUCCCAGCAGGCAGUUCGUUCUCUCUGAGGACAUCAUCCAGAUGGAGACCAUGUCAUAUCCUUGCUCCCCUAUCAUCCCCUUUCCCACACAGCAUGAAGAGAGCAGCUAUCUCCUGUGGUCUCCUCAAGUAGUGAUCCCCUUUGAGAAUGGCAACAUGUGCGACGGCGAUGCCGAUCCUUCCCCUGAUCAGCAGCAGCAAGAUCAUGAGUUCAUGGACAUCAUGAUCCAAGAAGCCAACCGCUUGCUGCUUCAAGAUGACCUCUCCAAUGGUGAUCCAUUAUUGAGCGGUUUUGAUCAGAGGCUGGAAGGGCAAGAAAAUGGCAGCCUGUUGGCAGUCCAAGAAGAGUUCAUUGAGGAGAGCAGUUUAAGCGACCUCCUCGUCGCCGGCGCCAGGGCGGUUGAGGCACAGGACUCAAUCAGGGCCUCGGCCAUCUUGUCGAGGCUCGACGACCUCAUCCCCGGUGUGCCUUGCAGAAGCUGUCACCAUGCAGCGGCCUGCUCAUCUGACCAUCUGGCCUGCUACUUCGCCAGAGGCCUGCGGUCCCGGAUCUCCGGCGCGCGCGCCGAAUGCCAUCCGGCUGCAGCAGCAGCACCGGAGAACCGGAUGCCGGCGUACCGGAUGCUGCAAGAGCUGUCGCCGUUCAUCAAGUUCGCGCACUUCACCGCCAACCAGGCCAUCCUAGAAGCCACCGCGGACGACCCGGGCGUCCACGUCGUCGACCUCAACGUCGGCGAGGGCGUCCAGUGGGCGUCACUCAUGUCAGACCUCGCCCGCCAUGGUGGCAAGCCGUUCCACCUCACGGCCGUAGUCACGGCCGACGACGACGCGGGCCCCGCCGCCGCCGCACGGUGGCUCUCGGAGUUCGCGGGGUCGCUGAACCUCCCCUUCCGGUACAGCUCCCUCCACCUGCGCAGCGAGGAGGACCUGCGUGGCUUCACCACGAGCGGCAACGGCGGCGGCUCAGUGAUCGUCUCCUACGACACGACGGAUAAACCUUACAGCUCCCUGAUCAGGUUGCAGAUGCAGCUUCUCGGCAGUGUCAAGAUCCUCCGGCCCAAGCUGGUGAUCCUAGUCGAACAAGAGCCGUUCAGGAUCGACCGGAGUCUCGCUCCAUUAGCCGAGUUCUUCUGCGAAGUGCUGCAGCACUUCGCCGCCACGCGGGAGUCCUUGGAGAGCUGCUUCCGCGACGGCGGCUACGGCGCGUGCCUGGGGCCCGUGGAGAAGGAGACGCUGGGCCCAAUGAUAGAGGACGCCGUGAGGCAGUAUGAGCCUGUGGCAGGUGGGGCCGGUGCUGAGCUGGAGGGUUUCAGGGCUCGUGAGCUCAGCAGCUUCAACUUUGCUCAGGGCAAGAUGUUGGCUGGGCUCUUCAGCAGAGGGUUUGGGGUCGUCCAAGAGGAGGGCAGGCUUGCACUGUGCUGGAACUCUAGGCCCUUGACCUCAGUCUCUGUUUGGAGUCCCAUGUGAACACAAAAGAUAGGAGUCGGUCACUGGUCACUUGGUCAGCGUGUGCUUUGUUACGUUCUUGGAUUGGAGUUGAGUUGUUAUAAAUUUUUCUUUUUUUGCGUGGCUACAUCACAUCUAGGCAUUUUUACAAAAGACGAUGUGUUCGUUUGGCUGUGGCUGGUGGCUGGUGCUAAUUUGUUAUGAGAGAAUAGUACAGCUGACUGAUUGGUAGUUGGUGGCUGGUGCUGAUUUA